AUGGGUGAGGCUCCCGGUUGGCGCUUAGCCCCAGAGUUGCGCGUGGGCGAUCUGUCCCUGGACCGCCCGCUGCUGGAUUCGGCAGAGAACUCGAACCUCUUCCUCCGCGUCAGUGUCCUGACAGCGCUGCUCGACCACCCGGCGCGGUUGAGAGCUCGGCCGCCCGCGCGCUUCCGCUUCCCCUGGGCUGCUGCCUCGACAGCUUCCAAAGGGGUGGGCGCCACCUGCGAACCGCCGACCUCCGACACGGCAGCCACCGAGCUCGCCUGCCACUCCGUUCUGUGCUAUGUCAGCGUCACCACGAACGGCGAGGAGGUCCCGCUACCGCACUGCAGCACGUCUGACGACCAGCUCGGCUGCUGCUAUGGGCCCGGGACUUCCGGGGCCAGCGUCUACGUUCAGCUGAUGCCCACCGCCAAUGCCACGGCAAUCCCUUCUGGGGCCCAGGUAGAGGUGACCUUUCUCGAAGUUCAGACCUCCUCGAGCUUUGACGACGGCCCGCAGUCGGCUUCAAGAUGGACUCUGGCGACAGAGCAGCUACGAGGAGCUACCUACGAGCUCCUGGACGAGGCUCUGGUCGAGUCCCCGGAGCUCUAUGAGGGGGUGGCACGAGCUGUGGUGGAGCCCACCCAGGCGAUCCUGUCCUAUGAUCGUGACACCGUGGUGGUUCUUUUUGAGCUGAAGACCGCUCUUCCCUCUGCGCCGGCACUGCUGACGCUGCUGGCGCCUGCGGGCUUCACUUUUCGGUCGGGUCCGCUGGACCUGGACACGCAGGAAGCUCGCUCGACGUACAUCCGCGCUUGGAGGAAAGCUGGCCUUCCAGAGAGCCAGGUGCUCCGUGGAAAUGGCGAGAUUGCUGCAAGCACAUUGCCAGCAGGCGUCUCGGUCACCUUGGGGGGACCCAGGCUCCUGGUGGAGUUGACUACCGCUUCAGGGGGAGGUACUGCGCUUCUCCCAUUUGCGCCCUUCGCCUUCGCCGUGCAUGUUGAUUGUCCGGAUGUUCGUCGUGGCCGAGAGGACAGCUAUUGGCUGCUGCAGCUUUCUACCAUGACAGCUGGAACUUGGAGGCUUCUCCAGUGGGGGCGCAUGGCAGGCUUCGUGCUCCAGGGGAGCAUUCCUCAGCUCCAGAUUGCUCCGAGUGCGCUUCUGCCCCUGUACCCUCGGAACGUCGUGGAGCUGGCUUUCAUGCUCUCGCAGCAUUUGCCUCGUGCACCGCCGGCUCCACCAGGGACCUUUUGGUCUGUGACGGCACGGGCUUCCAUGCUUGUGGUCAUUCCUCCUGUGGGCUACGUCUUCCCGCCGCAAUGCGAAGCCAGGGAUGCAGUCGGGUCUUCAACGCUAAGUGGCAGCAGUUUGCCGCCUCCUUACGAAUGCCGUGGUGUGACGACGGGUGCCUACUCAAACGCCACGCUGCUCCUCCUGGAAGCGCAGGAGAGUUUCCGCAGCGGCAUGCUUCUGAAGGACCAGGAGUAUAAGAUCUCCCUCUUGCUGCGCAAUGCCCUUUUCAAUGCCGGUGAGCUUGUGAACGAAUGGCGCCUUCUCACACGCUGGGCCGAAUCUUUGGACUCCUUUGUGACGCUGCACCAGGCGAGCGUCCCUGGCUUUACACUCAGUGGAAUGGAGGCCUCCAUCCAGCCGGCGAGUGUGAACCCCGGCGCCUUCCAUAUGCUGAAUGUCACGGUCACGCCUCGGAAUGAAUCGGCUCUGGUGACCGGGUCGCCGUCGGAGGACACCAGGUUGCUGGCCUUGCUCUUCGUGGCGCCCCGGGGGACGGAGUUGACCUGUGCCGGCUUCCUCCCAGGCAGCCUUGGAGGUGGCGGUGGACUGGGCGGCUGGGUGGAUGCCGAGCGCAUUGCCUGUACGACGCAGGCCACGCUUCCCACCACGGGGCCCUGCGCCGGACCGGGAAUUUCGGUGUCCCCAGGCCUUUGGAGCAUGUGCUUGGCUGCACCCCGACGGCCUCUGUGGGGAACAGGAAAGGAUGCCACGAGAGCCUCUAACGGCACGCGCGCCACGGCCGGGGAACCGCUGUGGUUCGGUGCCUUCGCACGAAAUGCGAAUUACAUGCCCUUUGACAACACGUGGCUUCUCGUUGUUCUUGGGGAGCGACCUGGUCAGGAGCAGAUGCCUUUCGAGGGCUCAAAGCUCCUGGACGUUGCAGGGGUGGAGGGCUACCAACUCCUUCGUCCGUCCUAA